AUGGAGCCAGUACGGAAGCACGUGAUGCAGCUGGAUAAGGGGCCUGCGUCCAGCCUCUCCAGCCGUUUCUGGGUGGCCACCGUCACAUUUGGUAUACCGAUCAAAGCAGACAAGUUGGAGAUCGAAUUGAAACGUCACAUAUUCGAGGCAGCCUCUCGAUUGAGGGUUGACUCAGAUUUCUUUGGUCUCACCCCGCUCUCUGACCCGGGUGAGGACGCUUCCGUCGACAUCAUUGCCGUUAGCGGACUUGGUGGGCACGCGUUUGGCUCCUGGAAAUCGAGGGCGAAGCAUGACAUGUGGCUCCGUGAUUUCCUCCCAGAGGCAGUUCCAACUUCGCGCAUCUUCAUUUAUGGCUACGAUACAAAGCUGCCUGGCAGUCUAUCAGAUGCUUCUAUUUUGGAAUUAUCCAGAAGAUUACUGGAAAGCGUGAAGAGUACACGUGCAUCGGCCAAGAAUCGACCGAUAAUAUUUAUCGGACAUAGUCUCGGUAAUCUUGUUAUAAAACAGGUGUCUCGUUCAGGCCUCCGACGGGGUAUCGAAAAUGAGAGUUUGAUGACCAUGGUUCGAGGAAAGCCAAAUGAAGAGUUGGUUAGAAGUCUGUCCGAAUCAUCGCCAUUUUUGGGUCUACUUCAUAAGAUGUCCUUGGAGCGCUUCAAUUUGCGAGACUCCAGAAUUUUAUGUGUUUUUGAAACAUGCACAACUACAACAGUCCAGUGGUCUGAAGAGCUGGGGAAGUGGACCAGAUCUGGACCAAAUGUUAUAAUGGUGCCACGUGCGUCUGCCAUACAUGCCAGGCCGAAUGAAAAAGAUCACGAUCAUUUGUCAAUCAAUGCAAAUCACUCCGAUAUUGUCAAAUUCAGCGACCAGUCAGACGCAGACUACAUUAUGAUACAAAGCCGGCUCGAGAGUUUAUCAAGUCGUGCACCGGAAGUAGUUCGCCGACGUCUAGUGGAGCUAGAUGAACAACUCUUGCAAACCCAAAAGCGGUACAUCAAAAGAUUGAAAGCGCCGGACUCUGCAUCCUUCAGAGAGUUCAACAUUGACGAUCCCACUCCUGGCACACUGAGCGGUUUUGUACUCCAACCAGCUUUUCAACGAUGGGUAACGAUGAAACCAUGCUACGGAUAA